GGGGCCCGCGCCUGGGUGUGCUGCAGCGGGAGGAACCCAGGUCCCGGGCCGAGGCUGCCCCGGGAAUGGUUUUAGUCAGCACAAACAUGGCUGCGGCCCUGCGAUCUGCGGGCGUCCUGCUCCGCGAUCGGCUGGUAUAUGGUGGCUCAAGGGCCUGUCGGCCACGGAGGUGCCAGUCGAGUGCAGCCACGGCGGCAGCCGCCACAGAGACAGCCCAACGCGCCGGAAGCCCCAGACCUCAAGUCCAGCCGGGGAACAGGAAGCCGAAAACUGGAAUAUUAAUGCUGAACAUGGGAGGCCCUGAAACCGUCGGAGAAGUUCACGACUUCCUUCUGAGGCUCUUCUCGGAUCGAGACCUCAUGACACUUCCUGUUCAAAAUAAGCUGGGACCAUUCAUUGCCAAACGCCGAACCCCCAAAAUUCAGGAGCAGUACCGCAGGAUUGGAGGCGGAUCCCCCAUCAAGAUGUGGACGACUAAGCAAGGGGAAGGCAUGGUGAAGCUGCUGGAUGAGUUGUCCCCGCACACAGCCCCUCACAAAUACUAUAUUGGAUUCCGGUAUGUCCACCCGUUAACAGAAGAAGCAGUUGAGGAGAUGGAGAGAGAUGGGCUGGAAAGGGCGAUUGCUUUCACACAGUAUCCACAGUACAGCUGCUCUACCACAGGCAGCAGCUUAAAUGCCAUUUACAGAUACUAUAACGAAGUGGGCAAGAAGCCCACGAUGAAGUGGAGCACGAUUGACAGGUGGCCCACACACCCCCUCCUCAUUCAGUGCUUUGCCGACCACAUUCUGAAAGAACUGGACCAUUUUCCACUUGAGAAGAGACGCGAGGUGGUCAUUCUUUUUUCUGCUCACUCGCUGCCGAUGUCUGUGGUCAACAGAGGGGACCCCUAUCCUCAGGAGGUGGGCGCCACUGUCCAGAGAGUCAUGGAUAAGCUGGGUUACUCCAAUCCCUACAGACUGGUUUGGCAGUCCAAGGUUGGCCCGAUGCCCUGGCUGGGUCCUCUGACAAACGAGGCCAUUAGAGGGCUUUGUGAGAGGGGGAGGAAGAACAUCCUUUUGGUUCCGAUAGCAUUUACCAGCGAUCACAUUGAAACGCUGUAUGAACUGGACAUCGAAUACUCUCAAGUUCUAGCCAGUGAGUGUGGGGUUGAAAACAUCAGAAGAGCAGAGUCUCUUAAUGGAAAUCCACUGUUCUCGAAGGCCCUGGCCGACUUGGUGCACUCACACAUCCAGUCCAACGAGCGCUGCUCCACGCAGCUGACCCUGAGCUGCCCGCUGUGCGUGAAUCCCGUCUGCAGGGAGACCAAGUCCUUCUUCAGCAGCCAGCAGCUGUGACCCAGCCAGAGCGCCGCGGGGAUUUGGCCGGUGCCCAGCCUCCAGACACCUCUGAGGUGGAGGAGGAUGUAUUUAGCAUUAGGGAGGGAGUCACACUGAUGUGGGCGUAGCCUUUGGCCACUAAUUGUGUACCUUCUUGAGGAAUGGACUCUGAAAUCCUUAUUGAGGGGUAUUUUUAUAGACCAAUACAGUAAGCAUUUAUAGUUCCCCUCUCUGGGUUAAGUUACUAGUUUGGAAUGUCCACUAGGCUAUUUUAAAAAUUUAUCUUAUGAGAUGCACACGUAUUUUCAAUACCGAUUUUGGUUUUAUUGCGCCCCAAAACCCCUGCAGGGGUACGGAGAGUGCCCUCUGUGGGGCUGUCAGAGUGAGUGAGGUCUGUUUACAAUCUCAUACUUGUUUUUGAAAGUGAACAUAGUUGAGUAAAUGAAAUAUAAUUUGAAAAAAGAAAGGGUACCUGAUCUUUCCGUCAGCCCCUGGGUUACAGGAUGCUGGUCCGGUGAUGUGGUUCCUA